AGCUCGGUGUUUACCACUGUAUUACGUGUCUGUGUCAAAUAACAACCAACCGGCAUUGCCUAGCUAAGCAUCUUUAGCUAGCGAGCUAACCAUCAGCAUGACGAAAGAGGUCACGCCAAACUCCGGUUAAAAUACUCACAAUAAUAUCUAGCCUUUUUAGGAACAGUCUGCCUCUUGUUCCUGUUAUAUUCGACCUUCAGAAGACACCAUGGUGUGUGACAGCGAGCAUUGUCGGUUAUGCUGAGGACCUGGGGCACGUUAUGUGAUGUAACGUCAGUUGGGUGGAAUUUACCUGACGUGCUCAGGUCGCCAUGAGCGUCCCCUGUAUCUUUUCCUCCGCUGGCCGAAGCUUCAGCCUGCCGUGUCCCGCCGCGGGUCUCCUCUGCUGCCGGCUGCUGGGCCCCAGCUCCGCCAUAAGAAGAAACAUGUCCUCCAAAAGGCAAAUGGACCAUUUAGAGAGAACGGCGAACAACUACAGACAAAAUGCUCUGUAUCCAGCUCAAGUAUGUGGCAUCAUAAACGAGUCAGAGACUGUGAAACGUUUAAGAUUAGCUGUCCAUCCCGACUUCAGCUUCAAAGCAGGACAGUGGGUGGAUUUUUUCAUCCCCGGUGUGGAGAAGGUGGGAGGUUUCUCCAUGUGCUCCAGUCCAGGUUUGCUGCAGAGGGAAGGCGUCGUUGAACUGGCCGUCAAAUACACCAAACACCCCCCAGCACACUGGGUCCACACCAUGUGUACAGUAGGCUCCCAGGUGGCCAUGCGUGUCGGCGGGGACUUCUUCUUCGACCCAUCGCCUUCUGACCCUUCCGUGGAUUUGCUGCUGGUAGCUGGUGGCGUCGGGAUCAACCCCCUGUUCUCGAUCCUGUUGCACACGACAGAUCUGCUGCAGCUCAACCACGCCUCUGGUGGGCGGGACUACAACAUAGGCUCUGCCCACCUCUGCUACAGCGCCAAGAACACUCAGGAACUGCUCUUCAAGAGCUCCAUCAUCGAGGCGUGUCGGGAGUUCCCUGACAAGUUUUCCUGUGACCUCCACGUCACGCAACAGAGCACAGACGUCGACUCACACCUCCAGCCAUUUAUCAACCGUGGGAGAAUCACAGAAGAGGAAUUGCAGGCUCACGUGGAUCCACAGAGGACUUUGUGUUUCCUGUGUGGGCCCCCACCCAUGAUCGAAGCUUUUUCAAAAACCCUUGUGGACUUAGGCCUCCCGAAAGACAGGAUCCUUUUCGAGAAGUGGUGGUAGAACCUCUUACCAGUUCCCAGAAACAGCAUUGUCCUCCUGGAUUGUGGUCCUCUUUGGCUCUUUAAGUGGGGGGAUGUGUGGGGGUGUGGUGAGAAUGGAAAGCAACUAAAAUAUUCCAGUGAUAAGGAUAUUAAUAUGAGUGCUUGAGGACAUCCACCUCCGAUCCCCGCUACUGCAACCUGUGCCUGAUCUGCGAAAGGCCGCUGGGACCACAAGCAACUGACUCACAAAGACAGCAGAGAUGGUUUUAUUUCUUAUAAUCUUAAAAAGGAGGACUGAGCAGACUGUAAAAUCUCAACUUUACCCAGAUAUUUUUCAGCUCACUGCCUUUAAUGAAUAUUGCAACAAAUCUGCAACUCUGUCUGAUACACACAUCAUAACGCAGCUGUCACAUCUUCACAUCUGAUCUCAUUUACAUUCGCUUUUAUUUGCUUGACAGAGGUUGUGCUUGAACAAAUUAGUAGGUGAUGUGCAGCCAAUUUUUCACCUAAAUAUGAAGGUGCUAUGAAGGUUGCCUAUGCAAGCAUGUCUUGAAGCAGUAAUUUGACAUUUCGGAAAUGCUUCCUUGCCACGAGGUCACCUAUUCGCUAAAUAUGAAGCUACAGCCAGCAGCUAGAUAGCUCAGCCUGGAAACAGCGCAGAGCUUGGCUUUGUAAAGACGACAAAAUCCGCGCGGUGUCGCAUUUGUUUCAUCCUGACAAAAUAAACUUUCAUUUUAACAUAUAAACAGUUAGAUUUUCCCUCACCAAUCACUAGAGACCAAUGUAUCUGCCUGAAUAUAACGCCAUUUUAAGUCCACACUGAUGUGUAGCUAUGCCAACAUUCUGGUUUUGCUGGGUUUUUAAGACUAGAGCAGAGCAAAGUAAAAACAAAAUACGAAGUUGGGCAACACUGAAAAGACAAGCUGAUUUUGAACAGGCUCAGCAGCAGUGUCCGUCUUUUUUAUAGUGCAACUAGCUGCUGGCUUUAGCUUAAAGGUAUGCUAUGAAGUACGGUCUGUUGCUGUCGGUAAACACCCUCGCCCGUGAAUUGGAAAGUACAAGGCCAACCCCAGAUUCGCUCUCGUUCGCCAUUUCGCUUGCUAUGUUUGCGUUUUUUUCAAUGCCUGCUGCAUACAGUCUGCCAUCUGCUCCGACCUCACCUGACACGCCCACAAGCAUCUCCAUCACAAACAAAGAGAAAAUACCGGCAGAGGGCGGAGUCUCUGCAGAUAAAUACACAGCCACACACUUCUGGUGGGUCAUAAAGGAUGUUUGAGGUAUGACUUCAUUAUGAGUCUAUAUAUUGUUUUUUUCCAGAAGUUUCUGCAUAUCUUUAAUAUUCAGUGGAAGGAAGUGGUGUUGAUCAUCUUAUGGAAUGCUCAGCAAGAAAGUGACACAAUUCCCUGAAGGUCUAUUGCUUUCAAGUCCCAAGGAUAUGGCAAUCUGUACUGUUAUUUUACACUGCACAAACUUGUGUUAAAUACCUCUGCUAAUUUUACUAUGUGAUCUAAGAAGUGUUAUGCCAUGUGUAUAUAUAUAUACCUCAGGUAGUUAUUUGCAGAACUGCAGAUUUUAGAGUUGUUUGACUGAGAUACAUUGGAGUGAUUGUUUUUCCACAUUUUACUCACAUCGAAACUUCACACCGAGUGUAUUUAUAGAUGGAAAAAAGCUAACACUCUCCCACAUACUGGCCAGUGUCCCUGCCUGUUAUACUCACACAGUUACAUGCCUACACAGUGCCGAUCUCACAUACACUUUUACUCAAUCACACACAUUCACAUGCCCAUAAACGAUUCCCAUCCCGGGGUGGAGCGAGUAUCCCACGGUGCACUGUAAUGGAACCUCCGGGUGGUCUCUGAUUGGCUUGGAUCACUGAACAUCCCACGGAGAUGGUUGGGAGCUUCUUGUCGUCGACUCCCAGCGGGGGUUACGCUGUUGAGACUCAUUUUCGAGUUGUUCUUGCGUGUGUUUUUUUUCCUCAUAUGAGGAAAUGAGUUUAUGCUGGUAAAAUGAGGAAAUAAAGCAAAUUGAGUCGA